CAUGACUCGAGAGAACAUCACUUUGUCUCUGCACGCUGCACAAUCACAGCAGUAGUAGCAGCAGGCAGAUCAUGCCGACUCUAGUCUCGUCGGCGGUUGGCAACCAAAAGGUUGCUGCCCCCAAAGGAGGAGCGCGACGACGGCAGCCACCUCCGCCCUCGCCAACACCAGCGAAAGCAGCGACUCCCGCCUCUACAACCACCGACUCUGCAGCCGUCGCACCCCCUUCGCCUCCGCCCACUCAGAAUGCCACUGUACCGAUCUCAGCUUCACCUUCUUACACAGAACCACCCGUCGUCGCGGUUGAAGAAGCGCAACCGGUGAGAGGUGCGAGUGUCGUUGAAGUUGAAACCACCUCGGCAACUACUCAGGAUACAUCUGCGCCAACAAUAGUUCAGCGAGGCCGCCGUGCUACUUCUCCUCGAAAGAGAAGGAACGACGAAGUUUCUACGGAAGAGCAGGCUCAGCCGGCCAAGCGGGCGAAGAAGGCUUCCACUCGAAGUAAUGCCAUUGCGCAAGCCGCGCUUGAGGGACGAGAGGAGCCGGCAGCGUCGGCCACAACGACUCGCGAGCAGGAGCAGGAUAUCACGCCACCAGCAACUGCAACCACUGCAGCGCCUGCACAGCAAGGAGCUCGCAAGAAGAAGCCGGCCCCUAAGAAACCGUCUCGGCGCAAAGCACUCGCCAGUGCCGCCGAAGCUGAGCCUGAAGAUGCGGAUGCGGAUGCACAAACGGACGAUGCUCAAACAACUACACAGCGAGCCGCGCCCAAGAAAAGGGGUCGACGGAGCAAGAAAGCGCAGGCGGCAGCAGCCCAGGCCGCUGCUGAGACUGCUGACGGUGAGAAUGGCGACGCGCAGGCGGGAGAUGAAGAAGCGGAUGAGGAAUCAGACCCCGAACUACACGAAAUCGACCCAAACACUCUGACGAUGUGGGAAUUAAGCGGAGACAAGAAGCAUGGCAAAAGCUCCGAGCGGGAGAGAAAGAUGGCCGAGAUCGAUUGGGUUGAGGUGGCUCGCAAGAGAAGAGAUGCUGGGGAGAGAGCAGCCGCCAAUCCCCAGAUUCCUUCUGCAGUGGAUGUGGUUGAGACAACAGAAGGGCCCGGCGGGACGUCCAUUCCACGCGAUCCAGCACCAGCGGCACUCACGCCGGGCGGAGCAAACGUAAGCGGCGUUCAGUUCCGCCUCGUCAACGGGCAAAUCGUGGAAGACGAAACGAGCUUGACGAUCGACCGACAAGCACGAGCGGAGGCGGAAGCGCAGACAGACACGCAGCCCAUCGAAGAGGAGAACGAUCUCACCGCGCGCGUGAACCGCACCACCUUCCUCAACGACCGGCGCCGCGACGCCGCCGAUCGGGUCCCGCAAUGGAAGCGCAAAAGCGACGCCUGGGACGACGAGGAAACGGAGCGCUUCUACGAGGCGCUCAGAAUGUUCGGCACGGACUUCUUCAUCAUCUCCAAGAUGUUUGCGCCCAAGACGCGGCGGCAUAUCAAGUUGAAGUUCUCGCGGGAGGAGCGCCUCGAUCCUGCGCGCAUCAAUGCGGCGUUGCUGGGGAAGCAUACAAAGCGGAUGGAUCUGGAGCACUACGCGAGGGAGUCGGGGACGGACAUGAGUGAGUUCACGGUGUACACGGGGGUGAAGCAGGCGGAGGAGGUGAUUCGGGAGAGCAUGGCUGGGAAGGAGGAGGAGAUGCUGGAGGCGAUUCGAGAGGAGGAGAGGUUGGAGGGCGAGAGGAAGAGGGAGAUGGAUUUGAAGGAGAAGAGUCGGCGGAAGGGACAGCAGGUUGCGAAGGGCAAGGGUGGGGUUGGCGGAGAGGGGAAGAAAAGGGGGAGGAAGAAGGCUGCGGAUGGGGAGGCUACGCUUGGAGGUGGUGGGCCUCAUGAGGAGGUUGGUUGAGGGCGCUCGUUGCUACAUGGCUUUGAUGCUGCCCUGACUCUCGCCAAUGGAUGAUAUCACGAGCAGUAAUAUGUAACGCUUCUCCACGACAAACGACCCUCUCGCAGUCCAUGGAUCCUGCUGCACAAUCUACUACACCUCCCUCGAGAAGUCAGCACGACCGCCAAGCCACGCCCAUGUUGCCCGUCAAACCCAACCUAACAACUUCAGAACGCUCCACCGGCUAGACCUCGCCUCCGCCUUUGACGAACACAUAAAUACCCCCCCCAGCGAUCCCAGCACUUCAUACCAACCACUUCGAGCGCGACAACCAAAGGCCGAAGUGGUUGGGGCCCUUUCACUUCCCUCCGUGAC